AUGGCUGACAAGCAGAUCGACAGUGAAAUGAACGGCGAGGACUUCACCAAGGACGUUACAACCAACGAUGUGGUGGAGAGCAGUGAAAAUGGUGAUGCGGCGGCCGCAGCCGGCGCUGCAAAUGGCAGCUCUGAAAAUUCAGGCUCUGCUUCGGGUGCUAGUAACCAGCGUGAUGACGACAGAAAACUAUUUGUUGGCGGUCUCAGUUGGGAAACUACCGAGAAGGAGCUGCGUGAUCAUUUCGGCAAAUUCGGCGAGAUCGAGAGCAUUAAUGUGAAAACAGAUCCACAAACUGGACGCUCUCGAGGCUUUGCCUUCAUUGUGUUCACCAACACGGAGGCAAUCGAUCAAGUGAGCGCCGCUGAAGAGCACAUUAUUAACAGCAAGAAGGUUGAUCCUAAGAAAGCUAAGGCGCGUCAUGGCAAAAUCUUUGUGGGCGGUCUGACGACAGAGAUCAGCGAUGAGGAAAUCAAAACCUACUUCAGUCAAUUUGGCAAUAUUGUUGAGGUGGAGAUGCCAUUCGACAAGCAAAAGUCACACCGCAAGGGAUUCUGCUUCAUUACAUUCGAUUCAGAGCAGGUGGUUACGGACUUGCUGAAGACACCCAAACAGAAAAUCUCUGGCAAGGAGGUCGAUGUGAAGCGCGCAACGCCAAAGCCUGAGAAUCAAAUGAUGGCCAUGCGAGGUGGUCCUCGUGGUGGCAUGCGUGGUGGUCGCGGUGGAUACGGCCGUGGUGGUUACUCCCAGCAAUGGGACGGCCAGGGCUCAUAUUCGGGCUAUGGCGGUUAUGGCAAUUAUGGCUCCGGCGGCUUCACCGAUUACUAUACCGGCGGUUACUAUAAUGGAUAUGACUAUGGUUAUGACUACGGCUAUGGCGGCGGCUAUGAUGGCGGCUUUGGCGGCAAUGGCUACGGCGGCGGUCCGCGCGGCGGUCCCAAAGGUGGUGGCUUCAAUGGCGGCAAGCAGCGCGGCGGUGCAGGCGGCCGACAGCCGCGACAUCAGCCAUACUAAUAGAAAGGCGUGGCAGUUGAUUUGUGGCAACCGACAUUUACUUAUAAAAACGCAAACUAUUUGAAUUUUUCUUAGUUUAGUUUGUUAUGCAUAUACUUCAAUACCAACACACACACACAUACUUGCAUUCAUUUUUUAAGGCAGUGUUCAGCUCAGGACGGAAAUUCUCAACUCUGGCGCAGCAAUUUAAACAGCAGCAUACACAUUUGUUGUGUAGCAUCAUUCCAGAUUAAUAACAAUGGCAACUAACUAAGCAAAGAGCGCAUCAUUUAAUACAAACACAACACACACACACACAUUUAUAAAUAGAAAUUAGGCUUAGAGAAAUUGUAAUUUUCAGCAAGUGGCUAAUUUUUCAUAGCCACACGCUUGUUAUAAGCCACAAAUCCCCACCAAAAUGUACACACAACACGCGCGCACACAUGCAAACAUACAAAACACACACAUACACACACACGCCACACCUAUAACUUGGCUUAGCUAUGUGUGUGGCGUUAGAAAUUUGUUUAACUAAUGUAGUCUCAUACAUUAUGCGCGUUAAUUGUUUAACUUGUAAGCAGGGUCAGAGGUCAGCGUCAGGCAGUGUGGCAUACAAACAAACAAACACUUAUAUA